AUGGGGAAUGUUCUUAGUCGUGUGUUCUGGUGGUUGCUGUUUCUUGACGGUAACAAUGAGGAAGCCACUUUACAGAACGAUGAGGCUGAACCGGCUUUAGUCGGAGAUACCGGCACAUCUUCGGCAGUCGAAACCUCAAAUGCAUCUGAAAGUGAAAGUGCUGUGAACAUUAUCUCAACAAUCAACACCUACAUCAACACUCCUCCCACUGAUAACAAAGUCGAAAUGGAAGCCGCUGCUCGUGCCUCUAAGGCUUUGGAGAAUGGAGAUUUCCGUGGUGCUUUGUCUGCCUACACCCAAGCCCUUAUUGAGCAUCCCCUGUCGCCAGACUACCUCACUCAGCGAUCGACUGCGUUUGCCCGCCUCAAACCACCCCGCAAUGACCUCGCCUUGAAAGAUGCAGAGCUCGCUCUGAUUUCUGCCAAAAGCCGUGCCGUCAGAGAGAAGAUCCAGGCUGCUCAGUUCAGAAGAAUGGUCACACUCUACAGUCUUGGUCGUUAUGCUGAUGCCGCGUUCCUUGUUGAGAAAUUGAAGUCAUUCAUUCCAAAAGACAGAAAACCAGGCAAGAUGCAAGUCGACAUGUGGGCAGCCAAAUGUAAUACCAAAAUCAAAUCCAACCCAGACCAGACCGUCACAAUCAGAGAAUACCCAGAAUUUCCCUCUGGCCUUCCACCCCAGUCAGAAAUGGUUGGAAAAUUCAAGGCUCAGUUGGAUUCCGAGGGAAAUUAUGUCUUUCCAGAAGAUGUUGCUGCACUCAGCACUUCACAACAAACCAAAACUGCUACAUCUUCUACAGAAGCAUCAACUGAUGUCAAGAACACCACUGACUCUCAAUCUUCGAGUGCCACCGCCGCAACAAUCCCCAAGAUCCGACAUGAGUGGUAUCAAAACAACCAAAACGUCACAUUGACUCUCUAUGCGAAAGGUGUCUCCAAGGAUGCAGCAGAUAUCGAGAUCAAUGCUGAUUCUGUUUCCAUCUCCUUUCCCCACCCUUCGAAUCCAAAUUCAACGUUCAAUUUCACCCUUGACCCGCUAUUUGCACUCAUCGACCCAACUCAGAGUACCUCCAACGUCAUGUCUACCAAGGUAGAAUUGACCCUUCGCAAGGCGCAGGCCGGUCAGAAGUGGCACAACCUUGAAGGAAGUGGAAUUGCCUUGCGUUCUUCUGGUCAAGAUACUUCAUCACUCUCAGCCUCUACCACAGCAGCCAUCCAACCACCUCCUGUUGCUCAAACCGCGCCAUCCUACCCAACCUCCUCUCGUACCGGUCCGAAAAACUGGGACAAGCUUGCGGACGACCUCCAUGCGCAGUCCAAGGGCAAGAAGAAGGAGAAGACCACUGGGUCAGCCAGUGGCGAUGAUGAAGAAGAGGCGGACGUCGACUCCGACUAUGACGGAGACGCCGUCGAUGGCUUCUUCAAGAAGCUCUACGCCGGCGCCGACCCGGACACUCGUCGUGCCAUGCAAAAGUCCUUCCUCGAGAGCCAGGGCACGGCUCUCAGCACCAACUGGUCCGAAGUUGGUAAGGGGAAGGUGGACGUCGUCAAGUCCAAGGACGACGAGUGA